UCUCUUUUAGUUUUAUCAAAUCCUAAAACGUAAACUAAUGUAAAUUGUGAAACUAUUUUCUAAAUAAAUAUAUUCUCUUUACGACUUUCGAGAUAUACAGUUUUCGAUUUUCCUGACGAAUUUUAACUCUGUUUCAUACUUAUUUAAAUUCAUUUUAAAAUGGCUCGAUAUUUCAAAGAACAAGAUAUAGAUGAGUUCCGUGAAUGUUUCUACUUAUUUGCUCGGUCAGGACAGAUAACGUCACUGGAUGAAUUAACAGUGGUCAUGAGAUCUUUAGGAAUGAGUCCCACCAUACAAGAACUCACUGGCUACUUGAAAGGAAAAGGUGGUAAAAUGUCCUUUGCUGAUUUCUUGGAGGUGAUGCACAUACAUUCCAGAGCUGAAAAUCUACCACAUGAGGUAGUAAUCGCUUUCAAAGCAGCAGACAAUGACAAAAAUGGAACAAUACCAGCAAAACAGUUGCGGACUUUGCUACAGAAUUGGGGCGAAGGCUUAUCGGCACGCGAGGUAGACAACAUUUUCCGUGAGGCAAAUGUUUCUAACAAUGGCUCUGUUCGUUAUGAGGACUUUGUGAAGAUCGCGUGCGCGCCUGUACCAGAUUACUAUUGAUAACUAUUAUUAUACUAUUACAACAUAAAUGGGACCAGUUAGAAGAAGUUUAUAAAAAAAAUAACAUUCCUAUCCAUUUUUUUACAGUAUGAAUUAUAUGACACAUUAUUACAACUAUACCGAGCGUUUAGAAAUAGUUGCCGACAAAAAUAUUAUUGUAACCUAUAUUGUAACCGUUUGCAGUAUUCAAAUGGAACAUGUCAAUAAUUAUUUCUAAGCUAAGUAUUAUUAUUUAUUUUAUUUAAAAACGGUGGAAGGGAAAUAAAACAAUUAUAUUUA